GAGUGGCAGUGGAAAAAAGAUCAAACAAGUAGAUAAUUGUGGUGUAAUUAGGCACUAUGGCACUAACUUUCAUACAUUCAUAUUAUAAAUGAUUACACUUCUGACUCAACAGAAACUAAAUUCCCAUUUUGGUAGGCUCAGCAACAAUGGCGGAGAAUUGUAAUGAUCCUAACAAAUCCACACGUCCUUAUUCUCGUCCUCUCUCAAUCCACACACCAUUUUUUCAACUCCAUCUGUUAAACACACAAAUCAUGGCAACAGUGCAUGAACCAAAAAAACCACACAUUAUGGUUGUGGUUUUACAUUGCCAGAACAUGAACAAACGCUGAAAACAAAAAUACAACAACAGUACCUAGUUUAUGCCACUUUGCUGUAAAGUUGUGUAACACAAAAAUAGCGUUGACUCAAUAAUCGUGAUUGUUUCACGGUUUAUCUUCACUUUUUCAUGCUCUCAUCAAUCAAAGUUAUGUCUUUUACUCUCUCUCUUCUUUAUCUCUCUGUUUUGUAUUCAUUGCUUUCAUGGGUCUAUUUAAUUUUUCUCUCUAACCAAAAGGGUCAUUUUAUUUUUCUCAAUUUGGUUACGUUGUUUCUUCUCACCACCAAGCUAUCUCUUUUCUUUCACAACACGGUAUCUUUUGUUUUGUCUUGAACUUCUCAAUUGUCCCAUGUUCAUACUUUCUGUGUUUUUUGCUUCUGAUUUUUAAGCCAACCCUUUAUGUGUUUGUUGAUUUGCCUAUGAGAAAAUGACAUUGGAUUUAAGUUUCAACUCAAAAAAUCUGUUUUUAAACUUUUAUAUGAUUCUAUUGUUUAGCCUUGGAAUAUUCCUUGUAAGUUCUGUCAAUGAAGAGGUUUCAAUUCUUUUGAAGUUCAAAACUUCUCUUUUAGACUCAAAUGAUAAUCUUGUUAACUGGAAUCCUUCUGAUUUAACUCCAUGCAAUUGGACUGGUGUGUAUUGUACUGAUUCAAUAGUAACUUCUGUUACACUUCACAACCUUAAUCUCUCUGGUAAUUUGUCUCCUACAAUCUGUAACCUUCCAUGGUUAAUUGAGUUGAAUGUGUCUAAAAACUUUAUCUCUGGUCCAAUUCCUGAAGCUUUUUUUGUUAACUGUGAUAAACUCGAGGUUUUAGACCUUUGUACAAAUAGGUUUCAUGGACCAUUUCUGACCCUUGUUUGGAAAAUCAAAACACUUAGAAAGCUUUACCUUUGUGAAAACUAUAUGUAUGGUGAAAUUCCUGAAGAUAUUGGUGGACUAACAUCACUUGAAGAGUUAGUGAUUUAUAGCAACAACUUAACAGGAAGCAUUCCUGCGUCGAUAAGUAAGUUGAAGAAGCUUAGAGUUAUAAGAGCGGGUUUGAAUGGUCUCUCAGGAAAAUUACCUUCAGAAAUCAGUGAAUGUGAAAGCUUAGAGACAUUAGGGUUAGCACAGAAUCAGUUAAUAGGUUCUAUUCCAAAGGAGCUUCAAAAGCUUCAGAAUCUUACGAAUUUGAUUCUAUGGCAAAACUCUUUCUCCGGUGAGCUUCCUCUUGAGAUUGGAAACAUUAGUAGCCUAGAAUUAAUCGCUUUGCAUCAAAAUUCAUUGAUUGGUGGUAUCCCGAACGAUAUUGGAAGGCUAUCGCGGUUGAAGAGAUUGUACAUGUACACAAACCAGUUGAAUGGUACAAUUUCAGCUGAGUUAGGAAAUUGUACUAAUGCUAUUGAGAUUGACCUAUCUGAAAACCAUUUGAUUGGUAUCAUCCCAAAAGAGUUAGGUCAAAUCUCUAAUCUUAGCUUGCUUCACUUAUUUGAAAACAAUUUGCAAGGUCAUAUUCCAAAGGAGCUUGGAAAUUUGAGGCUGCUGAGAAAUUUAGAUCUGUCGUUGAACAACUUAACAGGUAUAAUUCCAUUGGAGUUUCAAAAUCUGGAACUCAUGGAAGAUUUGCAGCUAUUUGAUAAUCAACUUGAAGGUGUAAUUCCACCUCAUCUUGGAGCUGUUAGGAACCUUACUAUUCUUGAUAUAUCUUCAAAUAAUCUUGUCGGUAUGAUACCGAUUCAUCUUUGUGAAUAUCAGAAACUUCAAUUCCUUAGCCUUGGAUCAAAUAGGCUCUUUGGUAAUAUUCCUUAUAGCUUGAAAAUCUGCAAGUCGCUUGUGCAGUUAAUGCUAGGGGAUAAUCUUUUGACAGGAAGCUUACCUGUUGAAUUGUAUGAACUUCAUAAUCUUACUGCGCUCGAGCUUCAUCAGAACCGAUUCUCUGGACUAAUUAGCCCUGGAAUUGGUCAGGUUAAAAAUUUAGAGAGGCUGCACUUGUCAGAUAACUAUUUUUCUGGUUAUCUACCUUCUGAGAUUGGAAAUCUGACUCAACUUGUCACAUUCAAUGUUUCGUCGAAUCAUUUUGGUGGAAGUAUUCCAGACGAGUUAGGAAACUGUGUGAGGUUGCAGAGGCUUGAUCUUAGCAGGAACAAGUUUACUGGUAUGCUUCCAAAUUCAAUUGGAAAUCUUGUGAAUUUGGAGCUACUAAAAAUUUCUGAUAAUAUGCUCUUUGGAGAAAUACCAGGCGCUUUGGGAGACCUUAUUCGGCUUACCGAUUUGGAACUUGGCGGUAAUCGGUUUUCAGGAAGGAUCCCUUUUCCUUUUGGAAGACUUUCUGCUCUUCAGAUAGCGCUUAACUUGAGUCACAACAAUCUUUCUGAUACAAUUCCUGAUAGCUUAGGGAGCUUGCAAAUGCUAGAAUCGCUUUACUUAAAUGAUAAUCAACUUGUCGGGGAAAUUCCUUCAUCAAUUGGUGACUUGCUUAGUCUUUUAGUAUGCAAUGUAUCUAACAAUAAGCUGAUUGGAACUGUUCCAGACACGACAACAUUUAGAAAGAUGGAUUUCACGAACUUUGCAGGGAACAAUGGUUUGUGCCGUGUAGGUACUAAUCACUGUCAUCCAUCUCUAGCUUCAUCUCAUUGUGAAAAGCCGACGAAAGACGGUUUGUCGAGGGAAAAGAUAGUGAGCAUUGUUUCUGGUGUGGUUGGUUUUGUUUCUCUUAUUUUCAUUGUUUGUAUAUGUUGGACUAUGAUGAAGCGCCGCCGCAGCGAUUCCUUUGUUUCAAUUGAAGAACAAACAAAGCCUCAUGUUCUAGAUGAUAACUAUUACUUUCCGAAAGAAGGCUUCACUUACAAUGAUCUCUUGGAAGCUACUGGAAAUUUUUCAGAAGGUGAAGUUAUAGGAAGAGGAGCUUGUGGAACUGUCUACAAAGCUAUUAUGGAUGAUGGUGAAGUUAUUGCUGUCAAGAAGCUGAAUGCACGUGGCGGAGAAGCAGGAAAUGUCGAACGGAGCUUCAUUGCCGAGAUUUCAACUCUUGGAAAGAUUAGGCACAGGAACAUUGUAAAGCUGCAUGGAUUUUGUUUUCACGAGGAUUCUAAUCUUCUAUUGUAUGAAUACAUGGAAAAUGGAAGCCUCGGAGAAAAACUUCAUUCAAGUUCAAAAACAUGUUCAUUGGAUUGGAAUGUUAGAUAUAAAAUAGCUCUAGGAGCAGCAGAAGGUUUAUGCUAUCUUCACUAUGAUUGUAAACCUCAAAUCAUUCAUCGCGAUAUUAAGUCAAACAACAUUUUGCUUGAUCAAAGUUUUCAGGCCCAUGUUGGAGACUUUGGAUUGGCAAAAUUGAUUGAUUUUUCAUUCUCGAAAUCUAUGUCUUCUGUGGCUGGAUCAUAUGGAUACAUUGCCCCAGAAUAUGCUUACACCAUGAAGGUGACUGAGAAAUGUGACAUAUAUAGUUUUGGGGUAGUUUUGCUGGAACUAGUUACUGGGAGGUCACCCGUUCAACCAUUGGAACAAGGCGGUGAUUUAGUGAAUUGGGUGAGAAGAUCAAUUCAAGCAUCCACACCUACAUCUGAGUUAUUUGACAAGAGAUUGAAUCUGGAUGAACAAAGAACCAUUGAAGAAAUGUCUCUUAUUCUAAAAAUUGCACUGUUUUGCACAAGUACCUCUCCACUUAAUAGGCCUACGAUGCGAGAGGUUAUUGCAAUGUUGAUCGAUGCCAGGGAAUAUGUCAACCAAUCACCAACCUCUCCUUCGUCUGAAACUCCACUUGAUGAAGAAAAAAGUUCUUCUUCCAAAGAUGAUGGUGUCAAGUUGUGAAUUACAAGCUUUCCAAUUUCCUCAAAGAAGAUUUGGGUACUUCAUCAUUUCCACAUGUUUGAAUCUUGACAAAUGAUGUCCCAUAGCUCAAUUGAAUAAAUAACUUUAGCUUAAAGAAAGUCACAAAUGCAAUGGAUUAACACAAUCAAAUGUUCUUCAUGUGCAAGCUCAUUUAUUGAGUUGUUUGACAAGUUUUAAUCCAAAGGAUGUCAAAAAAAAUCUAAUGUCGUGUAUUUGUGAUGGUUCUAUUAACAUAGCAAAACUCUUGUCCA